UAACCAAUCAAAAUGAGUGACGUGGGGCUCACAAAGUGCGCCCAGGACCAGUUCUCAGGGAGUGGACACACAGUGACCACGUCACGCCACCCAUAUAUCACAGACCCCAUCGCCUCCAAGCGCAUCUGCUUCUACAAGAGCGGUGACCCUCAGUUCAGUGGCCUGCGCAUGGUCAUCAACAACCGCACCUUCAAGACUUUCGAUGCCCUCCUAGACAGCCUCUCCAAGAAGGUCCCGCUGCCAUUCGGAGUAAGGAACAUCACCACUCCCCGAGGGGUCCAUGCAGUGCACACACUAGAUGAACUGGAGGAUGGGAAGGCCUACAUCUGCUCUGACCAGCGGAAGGUCAAACCCAUUAACAUGUCAGUAGCCAAUAAGAAGCUACCACCCUGGUACAAUGCCCGCCCCAUGAGCGCCCGGCGUCGGGCCUUGCAGCUGGCCAAACAGAACCCUGGCAGGCCCAAGCACAUAAAUGCCCCUGUCAUUGUACGCACACCUAAGAGGUUGAUGGUAUUCCAGAAUGGGGACCCCAGUGUCAAACAUAAUCUGAUGCUACAGAAGAGAACCACUCGCACAUUUGAGGCUCUGCUGGAUUACUUGUCCGAGUUGAUGCACUUUCCUGUGGUAAAACUACACACACCAGAUGGAAGAAGGGUGGAUGGGCUCCCAGCUCUGAUUAUAUGCUCUGGGAUUGUAGUAGCUGCUGGUCGGGAGGCCUUUAAAUCUGGGAACUACAAGACACAAAAAUAUUUUGCUUCAACAUGGCUGCCUGCUAGACGAAUGGCAUCUAAAAGACUAAAGCAACCAGCAUCCCGGAAAAAGAAACCUAUAUCUAGCGGCAAAUCAAAACUUUUCUCCCCAUCGUCAGAGAGAUACUUUGUGAAUCAGAUAAACCACUGCAUUGCAGGAAGUGAGUGUGACCUCCCCAGUAACAACGCAGAAUCUGUAGAACUGGAGGCUGGCCAUUUUCUAGAGUCAGUGGCCGAAACAGAUGGCGACUCCUACCAUGGAGAUAGGGGUGAAGGGGCAGACAACUGCAUCCCCGGUGACGAUGACAUUGAGAAGUCCUUUCGGGUGAACCAGGAUGGCAGCAUGACAGUGGAGAUGAAGGUGCGACUAACCAUCCGGGAGGAAGAAACCAUCCACUGGACCACCACUCUGAGCAGGUCCAGUGUGGCCAACCAGCUCAGUGCGGCUGAGUCUGAGCUGGAGAACAGUUCUCCUGAGUCCAACAUCCUACCACCAACACAACCCAACACCAUGGGCACCAUCAAUGGGUACAAUGUUAAAAAGGAUGAUCAUGAUGAUAAGGAUGAUAUGCCUCCAGAGACCAGCAGACUUACCAGUGUGGAAGUAGACAAUGAGGAUGAUGCUAAAACACAUGUAGGUGUGGUCUCUCCCAGGAGGGCUCCUACCCCAGGACCCAGGAGAUACAGAGAGAAGCAGGCCUCAGUGGAGAGCCUCAAAACAAUAUUGGGAGAUGAGAUUCAGGAGAACAUGGUAGGUUCUAACUCCUACAGAGAGACAACUGAGAACGGAGAGGUAAAGGAGGAAUACUGCAUGGUCAUACAGUGCAGCAGCAAGCCAGUUCCUAAACCAAGGGGAGUUGGAUCUGUGGAUAUCAACAAUUACAAUAAGACUCAAUCGACUUUUAAAUCAGGCAUGGCUGAGAUCUUGCAGAUCCAAAAUGGCGGCGAGGAAGUCAUAGAAAGUGUAAUGCACAUAUACGAGCAGCAGACCUGUUAGGACAAUUUCCUGGCUGACAGCCAGUACAAUAUCCAGGGUUUGUCCAUAUAUGGGAUGAUGUACGGAAGAACAGCCACCUCUGACACAGCCCACUUGUCCUCCAGUAAUGACUUGGAGCUGGAGCUGGGUAGACCCUCUACAGCCUCAAAGUCAAUCAGCGUGUGGAGGGCUGACCAGUCUCUUUCAUCUGAGUUCACCAUCCCCAAAUUUAAGGCUGGAGGAUCUCUCCUACGCAACAGGGUACUAAAUGUCCAUAAAACCCCUCUCUCCAUGCCCACCAAAGACAAUGACACCCCAGAGUUGGUCUCUGAAGCAAGCAAAGAAAACUCAAAGAAUGUCAAGAAAAUGUUCUCAAAGCCCAAAGUCAAAAAGAACCAGGUUCGUAAGGUUACAACACCAGACAAAAGACAUAAAGAGAGUAAUGAAAAUGCUCCUGGAAACAAUAAAAGAGUGAAAACUGGGGGGUUUAGCAGCAAUGUAUCCGUAAGGAAAAUGUAUGGACCAAAACCUGGCAGAAGUCUCAUCAAAAACAAAAAUAAACUAAAAGGAAAGGAAAUCAAUUUAAAUAUUGAAAACCCAAAGGAAUCGGCAGUGAAAGAAUUACAUGUUACUGAAAAUAGAAACAAGACUUCAGUUUCAGUAAAGAAGAACGUAUUGCAUGUUACAUUUCCGACGGAGGCCCAGGUGGACGGAACACUAAAAAGGCAGAGGUCUAUGCACGAGGAGAGAAGGUUUGAUAAAGAGAGUCAUGAUCUGAGCUCUUCUAAUAUCAAUGAAUAUGUUGAGAAUUGGUUAGAGAAAGCCCUCCCAACUGUGUACCCAGACCCAGUGGAGGAAACUCAAAAUGUGGAGACACCAACAAUGUCUCCGGUAGAAACUGAGGGAGACAUUGUUCCAGAUGUAUCAGAAUUCAAUUGUGAAAUGGAUACUGAAGAAGAUGAGCCUUCUUUGUUUAAGGAAAUAACACAAAUACCAAGUAGUCUAUCUUUGGAAACGACUGCAUUUCCAAAUAGAACAUUUGAAAAUAUAGCAACACAGACCAACCUGGCUUUGGAAAACACAACAUUACCAUGUCCUUCUGACCAAUCAUCGCAAAAGACUCCAUUACACAGUGAUACUACACAGGAAAGGUUGCCCAUUAAUCCCUCAGUGGAAAAUACACUUUUCUCCAACGGUCUCUCCGUCUCUCCUACUGCAAUAAUCUUAGUAGAAAAGCCAUCACCAUCUGACAGUCAUUCAUUGGAAGAAACAUCAAUGCCUAAAAAUAUCUCAGAAGAGAAGCCACCUAUCACAAAUGGUCUGUCAUUGGAAAAUAAAUCAGUACCAAAUAGCUCCUCAAUAGAGAAGACCCCAGUCUCAAACAGUCUCUCGCCUGAGAAGACACAACUGCCUGCUAAAACACAGAUGGAGAAGGCACCAUUAUCCAACAAAGACUUAGAUGUGUCUUCCAUAGGUAGCAGUCCUUCAUAUUUCAUGUGUUCAUCACCUAGUAGUCUAGGUGAAGAACAACCCUUAUCAAGCAGUCCUUCAUCAAAUAAGGCUCCAUCACCUACUGGCCAUGUAUUUGAAAAGACAACAUUGUUCAACCACUCCACUCUGAAAGAACCACCAUCACCUAAACUCCCAACAAAAAAGACAAGAUUGGUCAGUAAUCUCACCCUGGAAAAGCAACUAACACUUAGAAAAGCUUCAGCUGAGAAGUCUUCAAUAUCCAGUGAUCCUACUGUGGAAAAGGUGUUGAUGGAUAAGGCACCAAUCUCCAAUGGUCUCUCAUCUGAGAAGCCUGCUAAAACUCGGAUAUCCAACUUUGUCUUAGAUGAGGCUCCCUUAGCUAGUAGUCCCUCAUGUUUCAUGUCGACAUCACCUACUAGUCUCACAUCAGAUGAAAGACCCAUAUCAACCACUGGCCAUGUUUUGGAAAAAACAACAUUGUUUAACCACUCCACUCUGAAAGGAUCAUCAACACCUAAACUCCCAAUGAAGAAGAAGCCAAUACCUCCCAGUCCCACUUUAGUGAAUCACGAAGAGAUGAACGGGGAUGAUAAGCUGAGCAAUUCAGAUCAGGGAGACAGUACCAAAGUAACAGCAGAGGAGCCCCUAACAAAAACACAGAUACCGUCACACACAGAGAAACUUCCUCCCCAGCCAGAUAUGAAACCUGUGCUAGAGAAGCUCUGUUUCUCAAUUCAGUCAAUUAGACAAAUAACACACAACAAUCAUCCAUCUUGUCUUGAAAAGUCAAACAGCUUGCCUGAUUUCUCCUCCCAUGUGGCCUCUACAUUUGGGUCAUCUACUAAAGCUCUCCUUUCUUUCUUAUCUGUUAUUACUUUAAAGGAAAGCUUCACUAACUGGAACAUACCUGAACUGAAUGCAAACAGUGUAAGCUGUGCUGAGGCUUUGAAAAUGAUGGAGUCUCUGAGAGAAAUUGCCAAUAUGGAGGGUGCAGAGGAGUUGAAAGCUAGUCUGUCAGAAUUGCAAAAGUCAACUUCCAAACAACUGCUUCAAAGUUGGAAGGGUUUCCAGGAACUCAACAGCAAAGUCAGAAGUCGCAGCUCAACACCGAACAGUUCAGAGCACGAUGUCUUGUUUGAGACAUGCCCAGAGAAGGGCUACAUCAUUGAAGAAAAGUCAUUGGAUAUCGAUGAGCUAAUACAUGAGCUUGACUUGCCUGGAAAGCUGAAGGAAGCAUUGGCAGCCCUUCCAACCGGGGUGAGCGAAAGCAUGGAGGGGGAUGAAAUAGAAAUGUCUAAAGAAGCGAAUGAAAAAGUGUCAUUCCCAGAGGAAAGGGUAAAUGCCAAAUCAACUGCAGUCCCUAAGGAAGAAGCUUCAAAUAAUAAUGUGCUUAAUAUUGAUGCUAAUGUUGAUGUUAAAUCCAUCAUUAAAAGAUUUAUAAAUAUUUACCAUCCCAAAGAGGUGACUGAAAACAAGAUGUCACCAAUCCCAGAGAGCCAAAACAGUAGGCAAGAGCAGCCCUUCUCCUCAGAAGAACAAAACUUUAAAGACGAUUUUACUUGCCAUAGAAGCAGACAGGUAGCGAAUAAGGAAGGUUCUGAACUUGAGCAGGACAACUGGGAAGAAGAGGCUAAAUGUAGCAACAAACAGAUUGACCAUGAUAAAGAACAGACAUACUCAGACAUAGAGCAGGCUUACAGUUUAGCAUUGCAUGAUGGCUAUUUGGAACUGCAAGCGUGUCCCUUGAAGACCAAAGUGAAGGAUGGGGACAUACAGUCAAGCUAUGUGGAGGAGGAGGAAAGCUUGGAGGAAGAGCAGGAAUACUAUAUUGGGAAUGCACUUGUGGAGCAGGAGAACAAAUGUAUGGAGCUGCAGCUUAGCAAUGAGGACAGACAGUCCACUGCUGAACAAACCCGGGCUAGCUCAAACCAACAUGAGGAGUCCGAGGUCACACUUGUUGAGUUGAAGGUUAGCAGGGAGGAGGAGGAAAGCUUGGAGGGAGGGCAGGAAUACUACACCGAGAACCCACAUGUGGAGCAGGAGAUCAAAUGCAUGGAGCUGCAGGUUAGCUGCAAGGAAAGCUUAGAAAAAGACCAAGCUAGCUCAGAGGAAGAACAGGAAUGUCAUGUUGAGGACCAACUAAGCUAUAUGGUAUCAGAAAAUAGAUGUAUGGAGGAUGAAUGCUUGGAGGAAGAGCAGCAAUGUCACAUAGAGGAUCAGCCAAGCUAUGUGGGGCUGCAGGUUAGCUAUGAGGAAAGAGUAUCCAGCCUCAAGGAGCAGGCUACCUCAGAGGAAGAAUAUGAAUGUCAUAUAGAGGAUCAGCCAAACCAUGAGGAGCCAGAGGUCAAAUGCUUGGCGCUGCAGGAUAGCAGUGAGGACGGAAAGUCGACCCCUGAAGAAGACCAGGCUAUCUCAGAUGAAGAGCUGGAACAUCAUGUUGAGAACCAACCAAACCAUGAAGACACCGAGAUUAAAUGUAUGGAUGCAAAGGUUAGCAGUGAGGAAAGCAUGUCCAAUCUUGAAGAACAGCAGGCUAGCUCAGAGGAAGAGCUGGAAUGUCACAUUGAGAACCAGCCAAGUCAUGAAGAGAAGGGGGUUAAAUGUAUGAAGAUGCAGGUUAGUAGAGAAAAAAUAGAGUUCACCCCUGAAGAAGACAAGGCUAGCUUAGGGGAGGAAGAGGAAAGCCAUGAAGAUGACUUGAGCUAUGCAAAUGCACGCAUUAACGUGCAGGAUGAGCAGACUCACUUAUGGGUGGAGCAGACUACUCAAAAAGAAACUGAGUGUACUGUCAGAGAAACACUGCCUAGAUUGUUCAAACAGCAUUAUAUUGCUGACAGGAUGGAUAAGGAUAGUGGGAAGAAUAGCGCGCAGCAUGUUAGCUUCGAACAACAAACUGAUACUGCAGAAGAAGCAAACUUUGAGGAUAAUCAGUGUAGCUCAGAGGAGAAGCGAGUAAGCUAUGAAGAGAAGCUGUCUAGCUCUGAUGUAGAACAUGUUAGUGUAGAGGAUGAGCCAUACCCAGAGGAGGAGUAUCAGGAAACCUUAGAGGAAGAGCCUUCUGAGGAGGAUAAACAUUAUGAAAAAACUGAAGCAAAAACAACCAACUGUUUUGAGGAGCCAUUACCAUCUGUAGCAGAGCGAGUAAAAAUACUGGAUAAGAAGAUUGCUGAUGUAAAGCAAGGGAAAAGCAUUACUAUAGCGACAACUGGCAUCAAACCGUUUGACCAAAUAGAGGUUUCUGCUGUCUCAGGCGGUGAUGAUGCCAAAGAGGAAGACAAAGCUCAUGUGCACACUUUUAAAAGGACAACGUGGCCUAUAAAUACAUCAGAGACUGUAGUCAUGUCCCCCCCAGCUCCACGAUCCUUGUUGGCAUUUAGCUAUGAUGGCUGUAUAACUAGAGAGCCUGACGGAAAUAGGGUCAAGUCAAUAAAGGAAUUGUUUAUAGCAAAAAGCGUUGUGGACAAUCGGUAUGGACAAACAAGACUACCCAGCCCAAACACCUCAAAUCUGUCUGACAACAGACCGGAGACUUCUGGCAGUGGUGGUCAUCAAUCACAGACAUCAACUGAGACGUCCAGUGGUGAGGAAGAUUCAGUGAAGAAAUCCAUCACUAAAUGCGUUGUCAGGAGAACAAUCGAAAGGCUUUAUGGAAAGAAAGAUACCAAUGUCAAAGACCGUGCCAGUGAAAGUCAGCCCCCAUCUCCCCUGAAACCAAAGUCCAGAGAAUUUCCUGGUAAGAUUAGCCUUUCCCCAUUUCAUAAUGCACAGACCAAAGGGAUGUCUGACUUAUCAUACUUCAAUGCCACAAGUUCUGUAGGCACAUACAGUGAUCCAACACGGUAUGUCGCCUUCAAUGCACAGGUCGAGCCUGGAGACUGUUUCCUGAUAGACAAAGACAGGUGGCUCCUCAGAGAGAGCGUGAUCAGAAAGUCUGUCUCAGAGCCUAUUGAUAUCAACAAGAACACAUCUGCAUCAACUGAAGAUGUGUGCCAGGAUACAGAAGAUGUCCCUUACUCCCUUUUCGGCCACACUGAUUUGGAGGACAUAGUGAAGUCUGUGAAGCCUUUGGUGCCAAAGUGCACCUAUUUCAACCUGCCUCAUGGCUGUGACUCAGACCCGCACCAGGAUGACCUAAGCCCCGUCAGCAAGGGCAGUGCUAAGGGUGACGUCUCAAAGGACAGUAAAGACAAGACAGAGAAACCAAAACUGUGGGCUGAGAGGAAUGGAAUAGCUUUUGCCCCUACUGACUUCAAGAUGCCAGAUAAUAAAGUGCACCCUCUAAUAGAAGGCCCGGGAGGUGGAAAGGUUGUGGUGGUACAGCCUGGCAAAGGUCAGACAGAUGUCAUGAAAAUUCCACAGGAGCCAGAUACGCUAGAGAUGCUCUACUUCUCCUGUGGCCAGCACUGCCCCAUCCUGUGACUGUGACACACUUAAAUGUGGACUUUUUUUUCUUUUACAGGCAGCUUAGAAUCUUACUGAGGCUAUUCAAAGGUACCAGGAGAUGUCAUAUACAGUGCCUAUUGAAAGUCUACACCCCUUUAACGUUUUUCAAAUCUUGCUGCCUUAAAAUUCAAUUUUAAAAAGGAUUACAUUAGAUUUCCCCCCCUACAGAUCUACACAAUCUUCUCAAAGGAGACACUGGACUGAUCUUAUGGCACAUAUUGUUAGUUGAUCACAUGCUCUAGAAAUGUAUUGUCUGUAAGUAACCCCCUGAUACUUAAUGUUGUAUUGUGUAUUAGCUGUAGUUAAUUUAUCUGUGUAAAUGCAUUUCUCUUGCAUCAUUACAUAAGAGAGUGAACUCCGAAAGCUCCAGCUUGCAUUUACAAACAUAACCAUGAACAUAACUUGCAAUAACAGAUCAACUUUUAUUACAGUAGUUGUAUAUAGAUGUUUAUGACCUUUCUACAUUUCUGGCAGCUGUGAUCUGUUGUUCUGUUGAGUUUCUUCACUUCAUUUUUGUGAUAUGUCAAUUAAACAAAACAGAAUCUA